AUGACUGGGCCACUAUGUUUAAAUUGGAGCGUGUGUGUGAGUGUGUGUGUGUGUGUGUGUGUGUGUGUGUGUGCGUGCGGUGUGCGUUACCUCACGCGUCUUGACGGCGUCGAUGCCCAGGCUCUGCAUGAGGCGCAGGAUCUGCUCGUUGGGCUCCUGCGCGCACGGCUCGGCGUGGGCGUGGGCAUGCGCGUCCUGGGGCGCCGGCGCCGACGGCAGCAGGCGCGGCGCCUCCGCCAGCAUCCACCGGUGGCGCUUGAUCUGCUCCACCGAGUAGCGCCGCGCCGGGUCCAGCACCAGCAUCUUGCGGAUCAGCGACUCGCAGUCUGCAAACACCCAACCACACGCGCGAUAUAUCUUCACACGUAUGGGAUGCACAAAUCAACCACCAGAAUUUUGGGAAUCUUUGCGGUAGCAGCAUCUUUCAAGACAAAAGCCAAGGAGCGUCCAAGAGAAAAUAGUAAUGUGUUGCAAACUUUGAUUACUAUCGGAACAUUACAUGAGAAUGAAACGCGAGGUGCCUACAGUAGUGUCUGUGGUUUGGAGUUUGGUGAUUUGGACAUUGAGAUGAUUGGUUCUUGUCAAAGGAUGCACUAUUUGAUGCGACUCUCCAAAUUAGCUAAUCGUGGAACAGGACGUUUCGAACACUGCCUAGGAGAUAUUUACCUUCCGGAUGUGUUACUGUUUCACCAUUCUCUCCGGGUUUGCACAGUUCACGUGUUUUUUAGCACACUUGUUUGUACCCGUGGGUGGGUAGGGCGGGGCGGAGCGGGGCUGGACGAGGCAAGGCAAGGCGGGGCGGGCGACAGCAGUUCUGCGUCUGUCAGUGCCGCCCCGCCCACGUCGGAAGCAGGCGCAAGGCAAGGCUGGGACGAGUACGCGCAAAAGAAAAGAAGAAGCGAAAAAGGGCAGCAGGAAAGAAAGUACACGAGGAUGCGCUUAUUCAUAGCCUUGCCCUGGCCCAUUUGCACCGGCUUCCUCCCGCAUGGCCUUAUUAGCUGCAUCCGGCACACUACGCCCGCCCAAACAACGCAAUCUCCGCUGCCAUCAGCGCCAUUACGACCACUGCCGCACCAUAGCCCCACUGCAUCAUCGCCAUCCACGAAGGCCAUCUCGGCUGCCCUCUGCCCCACCGCCGCCGGCCGAGCUACUGCCCGCCGCCAAAUGACAUCUUCAGGCGUCGCCACUACGUCAGGACGUACGUCUAACAACGCAGCCGCCUUCCCACCAACACUGUUGCCACUCGCCACAACACGUCUGACGCCCUACAAACCGUGA